CCGUCGGUCUGGCCAGUAUACAAUGAACCAUGACCAUUCCAAGAAGACCCCUGAUGGAGCAUCGUUUGACCGCUCAGCAUCCCAGGACUCCUUGGAUGAACUAUCUAUGGAUGACUACUGGAAAGAACUUGAAAACAUCCAUGAAACCAGAGGAAAUAAUCAUGAGGAACGAGUAGCACUUGUAGUGAAAGAGCCAGAUGAGGGAGAACUGGAAGAAGAAUGGUUGAAGGAGGCAGGUCUGUCAAAUCUGUUUGGCGAGAGCUCUGGCGACUCCCUGGAAAGUGUGGUGUUUCUGUCCACACUGACCCGAACCCAGAAGGCAGCGGUAGAAAAGCGAGUAGAGACUGUCACGCAAACCAUGAGGAAAAAAAACAAACAGCACCAGAUUCCUGAUGUCAGAGAUAUCUUCAGGCUACAAAACGACUCAAAGGGAAAAGUCUGUGAUGUAAGUGAACCCUCAACUGUGAGAACAAGUGAAAACAGAAAUGAAACACAAGAUGAAAUGCAAGGCCCAAAGUUCAGUCUCGGAACGGAUGAGCAGAGGAGCCCGCUUGAAGACAUGCCAUUUUCGGACACUGACAUCAAUUUGGAGAUACCAUUUGCAGAACAGGCAGCUAAUCUCAAAGACAGCUCAGUAGGCAGAAUGUGCAAGGGUGGAGGGGGUGACACUCUUCUCCCA